UGAAGUGAACGCACGUCAUUUUUGUCGCGCGCGUUGUUACAAUCCCCUCUUUGUGAAGGAGCCAAACGAAACCCGAAACUGAAACCUGAGCCAAUCGAAUAGCACGCACACUUUCAAAUUUUGUGCAUGUGUGUGUGUGCGUGAGCGAGCGGUCACUAAAAGUAAUAUCGUGUUUACAAAAAAGUAGGAAAUGCCCCGUAAUACUCUCAAAUAAAAACGAAUGAGUGCAAGUGUGGCAGCAAUAAUAACAGAAACGUAUUCAAUGAAAAUAGGCAGCCGUAUAGGGGAGCCCCAAAACAACAACUUAAUGUCCAAAUGAAAUAAGUGAAAAUUUCACACCGAAAUUAAUAAAGACAUUAGUGCGUGUGGGCGUGGCUCAUUUGGGGCAUUUAACGGAGGCCAAGAUGUGUGCGGAGGAUCCCUUCACCCAGCACCAGCUGCCGCACCACCAUAAAACCGAGCACCAUCAAUGCCACCAACAGCUGCGAAUGAAUAUGGAGCAACAGGACGGAACUCCAGGAGCGAGAAAAUCGGCCACAGGAAGGACGGCGGCCACGAGUUUGCAGAUCUGGUAUAUCCUACAUGUGAUACUAGUCCUAAUCGACAUUAGCAGCUCGCUGACAAUGACCGAGGUGAAGAUACCCAAUCACAUAAUGCGCCUGAAGAGCGCCACUCUGGGCUGCCGUUACGCCCUCGACGGGGAGUCCUUGUACUCGGUGAAGUGGUAUAAGGACGGGCACGAGAUCUACCGCUAUGUGCCACGCGAUAAGCCCCCCGGACAGUCCUUCCCCCUGCCAGGAGUCAACAUCGAUCUGCGUAACUCCUCGGACACCCAGAUUCUCCUGCGCCGCGUUACCCUACAGAGUUCCGGACUUUAUCGGUGCGAAGUGUCCGGCGAGGCGCCCGCAUUCAACACCGUAUCCGAGUCGGAGACCAUGACCGUUGUGGUGACCCCCAACCACGGACCGAAAAUAACAGGUGGCCAGCCGCGCUACCAAAUUGGAGACAUCGUCCGGGUUAACUGCACCUCGUCGCCGUCCAAGCCCGUCUGUCACCUUAGUUGGCUAAUAAAUGGGGAACCGGUGCAGAAGACGCACCUUCGGCAGUACGACAAGGUGGUCGUGAAUCGAGAUGGGUUGGAGAUGGCUCGCUUGGGACUGGAGUUCCGGGUGCGGUCCUUCCACUUCAAGCACGGCGACAUGAAGUUGAAGUGCGUGGCCAAGAUCAGCUCACUGUAUCUGCAGAGCAACGAGGAGAGUGUGGAAAGCGAUCGCCAGCAUCGCGCCCCGGCAUUGGAAUCUCGGGAGACGGUAGCAGCCAAGUCCAGCACGAUUGCUGCCGCCUGUUCAAAACUGCCAUCAAGCCUGAUUGUAUCACUGCCUCCUGUCAUCCUGCUGCUGCUGUUUCAAAAUUGGAACUGGCCAAGAAAUAGUUAACUCUUUCAACAUUAG